AUGGGCAUGAAUCAGCAUCCUGAGCUUGUGCUUGACGCUGACAUUCAGGUGCUGGCCUCACAUCCACCCGCGUUUCAGCGCCCUAGUCAACUUCUCACGUUUUCCUAUUCACCCUCUCGCGUUCUACAAUUUGAUGACUCUGCAUUGCGCUAUUUCGUCAAUCCUCCGCAUGGCGCAGAUCUCAAUUAUGGUUACGAGAAUUGGACACGGCGCCCGGAAGAACGUGGACGCAUUGAUGGUUUAUUGAGCGCGUGGUCACGGUUCAAGAAAAGUCUCAAUGGGCAAAAUCCCGAGAUUGGGGUGAUAAGCUGGAGAGGGGUUAUCACCAAAAUAUUGACGGCACCUUACGAAGAGCGAGAUAUUUGGGAGCUCAAUGUGAUGUGUGUCGAUGGUACUAUGUACUUCGAGGAGCAUCUAUCAGAUGCAAAACUAAAGGAAAAGAGCGAUCUGGAACCUCGGCAUCGACUUCAGUCUUACUAUGGAUAUUCAUUUGAAUCGUAUUGCACAUCAUCAACUCCAGACGAACAUGAACAUGAUGCCUCUGGUUCCCCCUCUGGUACAUCGGGCGCUGUUGGUUGGGGUGGCGAUGUUGAUACCAAUGUUCAGUGGUGCAGUGUUGUGAAAACCAAGUUGGGUGAUACACGGAUCAUCAUUGGCGGAGAAGUAGACUGCGUUCGAGGAAAAUAUGCAGGAAAUACUGAUAACUUCGUGGAACUCAAAACUUCACUAUCAAUACGUGGCCCACAAGACGAAGCCAAGUUUGAAAAGAAGCUUUUGAAAUUCUAUUUCCAGUCGUUUCUGCUAGGAGUUCCGGAGGUCUUUGUUGGAUUUAGGAAGCCAUCAGGAUAUUUGACGACUACGCAAGUCUUUCGGACUGUACAGAUACCUCGCCUGGUUCGAGGAAAGCCUGGCGCCUGGGAUCCCAAUGUUUGUUUAUCGUGGGGAGAUUGUUUUCUAUCUUUCCUCAGGAACACCAUCAGAAGAGGCUCAAAGAGUAAUGUCUGGCGUAUCAAAUUCACGCCAAAGACAGGGGUCUCUGCUGUUUUGCUAGAUGAUGUGGACGUCAAGGACAUCGAAGGAGAGGGAAGAUCGCAAAUGAAUGGCGCUGUCGCGUACGACUCAGAAGUUAGAACCCAAACAAGAAGUGAAGGAGCGUCGUCCAAGGUAGGAACUGUUGUAGUGCCUUCUGGAUGGAAGAUAUGA